CGGCUUUCAAAACACGACUCAGGACUUAAAGGCGAUAUGCUGAUACUAAAACAGUAGAGUGACACGUCUUCGCGAAAAUAGGGACAAUUCUCGUACACGUACAGCUGUAGCUAGCUAGCAGAACUUCUUCGAAUAUUUACUAUUAUUGUUAUGUCUUCCUCUCGUACUCCUCAGCAGGAAAGCUUUUCCGAGGACAGAACAGCAGACGUCUCAUCCAGCCGUCUGGGUCACAACCACCAGACCACCUUUGCUUUGUUUCUUUCCAAAAUCUCAACGGCAGAUCCCAUUUUGCUAGCUAGCUAAUAAUAACCACCAUGACGAUUCACGUUGAAAGAGAAGCGCUGUUGAGGUUGUUGGCGUCGAAGCCCCCAUCGACACCGCCGCUAUCGACGGUAAUAGACUGCAACGACGAAUACGAAUAUGUAUCUAUAGAGAAGCCCGCUUUCUCGGAUGGAGUCAGGUUACAAGAAGCCACUGACGAAGACUCUGUGUACACUUCUUCAACUGCUUCCUUGUCUCUAGACGCCGACGAUGACAAGAGAGUAUCGUUUGUCGAUCCUCUUGUAACGGAGGUGUGGACACGAGAGUACACAUCAAAGGACGAAGCAAGCCGUCUAUUCUACUCGACGGAAGAAACUCAAAGAUUUCGUCAAGAGUACCGAUUAGAAAGAAAGCUAUUAUCCGAUUUGGCAAUCGAUGUUAACGAUUGUGCUAAGGAUACCGACAAAGUUUUCUCAAGUUUGGCCGAUGGGAAGUGGCAGCCGCAAGGCCGACACCUCAUCUCACGUGUUGUGGUGCUUCAUAACGACAAGCUGGAGACUUUCUUUGACACCGAGAAGGAAGCCUCGUCGCGUCACGAGGAAUCGAACGAUUUCUUCGACAGCGACAGCUUCUGGAGCGGAUCGAUCACAUGGUACUAACCAGUCCUGAAAGCAGUUCAACUGUGUGGACGCGUUUGUUGACUGUGGUGACGUAGCUCCCUCUUCGGAUGGAUUUGAUGCUCUGGCGGACGUUCAAAUGCCAUGCUCACGUUGAGAUGUUGGGCGACUGGUGUCGAAACUUGAGUUCGGGAGGUGUUGAGGAAUGGGGUUUGAAUUUUGUAUUGGAUGCUUUCCUUGGAGGAGAGGCUUCUUUCAUCUUUCAUCAGCGACGCAUGUUCACAUAGACUUGUAUGGUCUCUGUAUUUUGUACCAAUUAAUAAAUUACUCUAUAGAGGGGAACUGUUUUAACUUCC